AUAUAACUUCAAUUGGUGUGUUUGUAAAAGUGUAGGCUACAGCAAAAUUGAAACGACAGAGCGAAGAAACAUGGCACAUUCGGUCCAGUCGUCUAGUUGCAGGGCUACAGUUGAUAGACUUUAAACGGGUUUGGCAAACAUCAGUAAUCUGAGGAUCUGGCCAGUUGCCAAAUGUAUGAGAGAACUGCACCCACACAGCCAUAUAAGGUCAGAAGAAACGAUUUCGAACAGUGCUGUAUUUCUUCCAGGAUACUCAAAGGGGAUUUCAGACUUCUUCGUACUCUGUCUCCCCUUCAAGAUAAUGAUUCGAUGUUGUAUUUCGAGGUGUUGAUCAACUACACACGAAGAUUUUAGGAGAUGUCAUACAAGCAAGAUGUAAUCCACCAUAUAGGUAAAGGAGAAAAUAGGAACAAACCUAGCUCUGUGUGUACACUGUAUGUAUGUUUUCCUGAGUAUUAAAGUGUCUCGAGUUGAACUCUUCUGGUUACAGUUGCAAUGAAUAUACCAUGGAUUAUGUUGAUCAUGCGAUUAAGAUUGAUCAACACAGCGGUUAAACAACCUAAUUUAUGUUUCAGAAACAGAGAAAUAGUCUACAUGUCGGAAAUGUUUUAGUCAACUGUAGAGGAGCUUGUAUUUCCAGGCAGGGCUCAAUUCCUAUUGCACAAUUGCUGCGUAAAUGGCCCAGGGUAAAAGGAGUGUCGAACCAUAAGGUCACGAGGCUCCAUGCAACGCCGCAAACCAUGCAUCCAACAAACUGUUGUUCACACCCUCUGAAAACAAAAUAGACGCGCUGGGCAAGCCAGAUACCAGCAAUCGAUGGGCCUUUCUUGCAGAGAAUAGAACAUUCCAUCCGCACCCUCAGUGCUCAAAUUAUUGAAGACCAUGUUUUUGCUAUUAUUGAAGCAGCUAGAGCGGAAGUAAUGUGAAAAUAAAAAAGUGUUACCCAAAUGUCUUAUUCUAUGACCGACAGAGCACUGUUAAAUCCGACUGAAUCAUAUUGUAAAGGCUUGUUGUAUGGCAAAGCCGACCAGCUGUUAUUACGCAAGCAGAGAAGGAACACAUUAAAGCACACCCAGAAAAAAGGGAAUGGGCCUCUUGUGCAGAAGACCGACUGCUCGCAGCACAGUAGGAAGUAUGCUCCGUCUGUGUUUGAGAAAUAUGUCACCACAGUCACGUAUGGAGGGAAAGAGAUUCGGCUCAACCUCUAUGACACAGCCGGCCAAGAUGAUUACGAUCGUUUGAGGCCACUCUUAUACCAGAAUGCCAACCUGGUGUUAGUUUGUUAUGAUGUGACCAACCCCACCAGUUUUGAAAAUGUCUUAAUCAAGUGGUACCCGGAAGUGAACCACUUCUGUCGCGAUGUUCCUGUCAUUCUGAUUGGCUGUAAGACUGACCUGAGGAAGGAUAAGGAGCGUACCAGGAGGCUAAAAGCCAUGGACCAGGCUCCCAUCACUUACACACAGGGUGAGGAGACCAGGCGGCAUAUGAGUGCUGAGCUUUAUCUAGAGUGUUCAGCCAAAUACCGGGAGAACGUAGAGGACAUUUUCAGAGAUGCCACCAAAAAAGCCCUGGCAUCAAGCCGCAGAGCAAGACAACGUACGAAGAAGAGGCAUUGUGUCAUCCUGUGACCUCGUUCUAGUGAAAGGACAGAGGCUUGAAGUCCAUUGACACAACAGGGGACACUGUCCUCUGGUCUUACAUGCCAAAGCUACACAUUCUGCUGCUUGUCUAUUAUAAACAACUGCUUGCCACAUCCUGGGUCAUCCUAAUUCAAUUUCAAGAAGAGCCUGUUCUAUCCCCAACCAAUUCAUGCCUUUGGGAUCUGAACAAUGAUAUUGAACACUGAACUAAUAUCUACUAAGAUCUGCUAGGAUAGAGAUGGAAUUCCUGCUAGUUCUAUGGCACAAGCUCUAUCCUGGGAUUCUAGAGUGGUUUUGUUAAUUACUAGCUACGUUAGACCAGGGUGUAAAUUGGCAUAUAAAAGCAGAUUGAGAUUGUACUUCAUAUACCUUUUUUCAAAUAUCCUUUUAUCAAUUACUGAAUUUCUAUUUUUACUUUUAUAAAGAACUUAUGCCUA